AUGGCCUGUAAAUAUAGCAGGAAAGAGUAUCUGUCAGUCAAGGACCUGGAGAAAGUUUUGGACUCGUGUAAGUUAAACUUGCACCAAAUCGAUGAGGUCUGGCCAAACCUCUACAUCGGGAACGUAGGAAUAGCACAGAACCGAAGCGGCCUGCAGAAACUUGGCAUCACUCACAUUCUGAACGCCGCUCACACCAAGAGAGGAAGCAUCGGGGACCAGAACUACUACGGCACUAGUUUUGUGUACUGCGGGAUCCCCGCUGACGACUCCACACACUUCGAUUUGGACGUUUACUUCAAACCGGCAGCAGAAUUCAUUCACAAAGCUCUCAACACUCCUGACGGUAAGAAAUGGCUGAAGAAUUCACUCUCAGAAGAAAAAUAG